CCAAGAUCUGAUAUGGAAUUGGAUCUCGUAGGUACAAGAUACAUCAUAGGUGGUACAUGCAUAAGUACAAGAUUGACAUUGUACAAAGGUACAUCCUUGCUUCCCUGGACAGUGGACAGGCUGACAGGCUGCACUAGCUGCGUACUGAUUGAAUGAAGCUUCAGAAGCUUCGACCUUUCACUUACACCAUUAACACCAUAACCCCGAACAAAAAACCAACCAAACCCAAAUCUCACUUAUAAAUACCUAACUCCCCCAGGACCUACAUAUAAACAACAACUCGGAAAAAUAUAAUGAACGUCGACACAAUCGCCGAUUUCUUGGCCGACCAGCGGGACGAGACCCCGGACGAGCUUCAAUAUCUCAUCAUCCAGUUCGAGAACUUUUGGGAGCGCAAGUUAUGGCACCAACUCACCGACGCCCUGCUCGAAUUCUUCGCCAACCCCAAGAGCGAGCCGCAGCGCCUCAAGUUCUAUAAGGUCUUCAUAUCGAAGUUCGCUGAUAAGAUCAACCAACUGAAGCUUGUCGACCUGGGCUUGAAGGCCGCUACCCAAUGCCGAGACGACCAGGAACGCCUCACCUUCCUCACAGACCUCGCUAAGAAGGUCGACAACGAAGCCUCCCAAGACGCCUUCGUCUACGCACUCGCCGCCGUCGCCCGAGUGGAGCUAAACCUGCGGGACCUCGAGGCCGCGCGCCGGGAUCUGGACAAGGCCGAACGCAUCCUAGACUCCUUCGACAGCGUCGAGACCAAGGUCCACGCCGCGUUUUACCAGGUCAACGCCGACUACUACCAAGCCAAGGCCGACUUCGCCGCCUACUACCGCAACGCCCUCCUCUACCUCGCCUGCAUCGAUCUCUCCUCCCUCUCCCCCGACGAGCGCCGCGCCCGCGCCUACGACCUCGGCAUCGCCGCCCUGGUCUCCGACUCCAUCUACAACUUCGGCGAGCUGCUGCAGCACCCGAUCCUCGCCGCCCUGACCGGCGACGUCGCCUGGCUGCGGGAGCUGCUGAUCGCCUUCAACCAGGGCGACCUGGCCGCGUACGACGUGCUGUCGGGCCACAUCUCGUCCAACUCGCUCCUCCGCGACCACCUCGAGGACAUCCGCCAGAAGAUCUACCUCGCCGCCCUGACCGAGAGCGUCUUCCGCCGCCCCCCGCACCAGCGCGCCAUGACCUUCGGCGCCAUCUCCGCCGACACCAAGGUCCGCAAGGACGAGAUCGAGCACCUCGUCAUGAAGGCCCUCAGCCUCGGCCUCGUCCGCGGCACCAUCGACGAGGUCGACGAGCUCGUCAACUUCACCUGGGUCCAGCCCCGCGUCCUCGACAUGGCCCAGAUCGCCAGCAUGAGCCAGCGCCUCGGCGAGUGGGGCGAGAACGUCAACAAGCUAGGCAACUGGAUCGAGGCGACCGGCCAGGAUAUCUGGGCCCCUUGAUCCCUUUUGUUCCCCCUAGGUAUUCGUAUAUCUACCUACCUAAGCUUACUACGGAGAAGGAGAAAAACUAAAGUGGGCAAGGGUUUCGAGAGAAGGGUUGGAAUUGCGAAUGUGGAUGCGGAUGUGGAUGUGCAAAAGCUGGCCCUUCUCUUGCAUACACGACGGCCGAGGAGCCCAUGUAUGUAUGAUAGAUAAACUAAUAGACGACGUGCGGUCCCGGUAUGAGGACUAGACACGUAUUGCUGCAUAAUGACCGAGUCUAUGAAGUAAGAAGAUAUACAUUACUAGGAGUGUUUGGUACCAGAUGUAGUGGUACUUGAUGCUCUAUUAUACUAA